CUUAAUUUGCUUCUGCUUUCAGAUUUACAAAUUUAAGAUGUCAAAACAAUUUUUCCAAUGGACUUACCUUUUGGCAACGAACUACCACAGAUCGAUAUACUCAUAGUGGGCGCGGGUCUGUCGGGCCUUACUUCAGCAGUUAAAAUAUUGUCCAAGGAGCAUUCGCUGAAUGUGAAAAUCAUUGAUGAGAACAGCAAGCCCGGCGGGCAGCUGCGCGGAAAGGGAACAUGUUUUGUGAGCAAGGAGCAGAAGGAGCUGAUUGCCUUCCUCACGCAACUGAAUGUGGCACUGUUCCAGCAUGAUCCACACGAACGGACGCUGAGUCGCUGCUGGGAGCUGGACCGCGGCCUGACCUCAGUUCCGGCCAAGUUUGAGCUCUGGCGCUAUAUCAAUAUGUUGGACAUGCGUAUGAAGAAGUUUAGCUCCGUGCGUUAUGAGUUCCGCGAGCGAAUACCAACCAUGGAGCGGCACAUAAUCACCAACUUGUUUUUCAACCUGUCCCGCGAUUUCAUGUAUCAGCUGGUGCAUUUGGCCUCCGGGAUGCAAGCCAGCGAUAUUAACUACGAUGAAUUCAUGUGUCUGUGCAGCACAUCGGGUGGACUGAAUGUGUUAAUCGAUCUCUUGCUGGCCAUGCCGGAGUCCAUCAUGAGCUUGUCCUGCGGAAAACUACUUGAGACACUGCGCGAAAAGUUGAAGUUCACUGAGAUCCUUAACAAUGUGAAAGCUGUAAAGGUGGAACACUUUAAGAACUAUGUUCAGGUGACAGAUUCACAUGGCAAGAAGCACAAGGCAGAAGCUGUUAUCCUGGCCAUACCCUGGGACAAGGUGAACAAGCUGCAGUUCGAGCCUCAGAUGCCCAGACAGUUUCGCAUACCCUCCAGGCGCACAAAGAAAUCCAAGAGUAUGAUAACCCAAUACUCUAUGCGCUACAACAAACCCGUUUGGAUCAGCCAAGGCUAUUCGGGUCAGUUUUUAAGCAUUCGGCCCUUGGUGGUGGGCUACGAGCUCAAUUCGAACGAAUACUGCGGCUACAUGCUGCACACCGUGGAGGAGGCGGACAGCGUACAGAGCACUGUGCUUGAUCUGCUGGCGGCGCAGUUUGGCGAGGAAAUGCUCGAUCCUGUGCACUACAAACAGGAGACCUGUGAGCUAAAUACGGCGAUACACAAGCCGCAGAUAAAGCCCUGGCAUCGGGUCAUCUGGUCCAGUUCGGCUGCAGCUGCCACCAGAGAUCGGAAUCUAAUGGCCGGUGCCGUCGAGAGCGGCGUACGGGCGGCCAUUAAUGCGCUCUUUGUAAUCCGGCCACAGGUGGUUUGCUGGCGGGAUCUCCAGGAUGUGCAGGAUAAGAAUCGAUAUGCCGGCCCCAGUCCCGGCUAUUUUGCUGGUCUGCUUAGCCGGCUCAAUCUAUAUAACAUCACCUUCUAUGGCGUCUUUGUGAUUGGUCUAAUCUGUUUGCUCAAUUUCGGCUAUGGCUCCCUCGGGUAAACCUAGCUAGGUUCACUUUGCUGCUCAAGUGCUCGCCCAAUUACUUUGACAUUGCAAAUAUCAGGGGGCACUUCCAUACACCUAGUCGAAUCAUAGACCCACUCGGGCACUCGCUCAAUUAUUUAGCUAGCCGUAAUCCCAUUUCUCGAGCUAAUCAUUUAAUUCAACUCGGCUUGGUCCAGAUUUGGAGUGAAUUCCACAUCUUAUAUUUAUUCUUUUUUGCAUAAUUCUAAGUCCGUCUUGCGGGUAAUCAUUCACUUAAGCGCCAACGCCAUCCAUGCCAUCCACGCCACCCACGCCAGGCCAGCAAAUUGGGAUUCAUAAAUUUCAAUCAGUCACCAAGUAGCUCUCCGGGCUCUUAGGGAUGAGAUAUACGCUCCAGAUAUACCUGUUGUAUUGAGUUACGAAAGUCUAAAGAUAAUCGUAAAUCUCGGUAGUAACUAAAUUUGUUGUGUAAAUAUAAAUUAAAUGUUAA